AAUCAAAUAAGUAAACACUAAACAUAGUUAAAGUUUCUAUUUUACCGACUUUUUCAUACUUAUUUUGUUAAAGUUGUUCUGUUCGGGGAUAGUUAGAUGUAUUGGCUCAUAAAAGUAUAGAACAAUUUCACUUAAAAUGGCACCUGGACUAUCUGUGAAUUGGCAAUUGAGGCAAAUUGUGAGCGACAAGCUCAUUCUCAUAGACACUGCUGGAGCCCUGGUUGGUCGGAGUAAUAAUGCUAAAGUGUGCCUUAGAAGUAAUAAAACAUCCAGAGCACAUGCACACCUGGCCAUAGAUCCUAAUAACAACCUCAAUAUCGUCGACUUAAAAAGCACCAAUGGAACAUUUGUGAAUGGGCAGCAGAUUCCUGUAUCUGGCAAGCAAGUAUGCUCGGGUGAUAUCAUCAGUUUUGGACUAUCCACUAUUGAUUUAUCUGACGAACUGAUAGACAAAGAAUGUUUUUUCCAAGCCACGCAAAUUGAACAAGCCAAGAACAAACCAGAAGCUGCAGACUCCACAACUAAUGAACUUGAUAAUUCAAUCAUCCCCAUAGAAAUUGAUGAUUCUUCUGACGAAUUUUUGGACGAUAAACGGCAUACUUCUACGCCAUCCGAUUCGUCAUCGGUUGUCAAAACAGAGAACGUUUUCAAAUCCGAAAUGAGGCUAAAUAAUAUUCAUACGUUAAGUGAAGCACCAAUGGUAAUCAGUAGUAGUUCAGGACGGGUUUCCGCAAAAAUUGCCAAUCGCGUAUUGACUGUCUCAUUGGAUCGCACACCCCAGCAGCCAAAGUCACCUAAAAUAUCUACGAUUUUAACAGAAAGUGAUUUUGGUAAUAUUUCAUUUAAAAUCGAUGCUGAUUCGUUAGACAAGAAGGAUAAGUUACUGAAGGAACCCGCAAUAAAUACAAAUGGCAGUGGUAAUCUAAUCAUUGGAUGCACGAAAAUAUUCGGCAACAGUAGGGUAUUACCAGACAACAAAUCCACAGAUGAAGUUGAAUCAGUUGAAAACGUCCCUGAGAUUAAGCCUACAGCAUUAUUAAAAUCAUUUUCAACAAAUGAUAGUAGCAACUGCUUAUUAAUUGAUUUGACUAAUGAUGAUGAGGAUGACGAAGCAGAUAUUUCUAACAGUCAAAUUUGCCACAUGUCGCAGAUUGUACAGACAACAGUGCCAGAUGAUAAGUACCAACAAAUCAAACAUGAGCUAGCCGAAAUGGAUUACUGUACGGAAGAAGUAAUUGUAAAUGCGGUCCCAAUUAAUUUAGAAGAUGAUAUGGAGACUGGUUUUGAUAACACUCAGGACAUAUGGGAACUUCUUGAAGGUGGAUUCGAAGAGAUCAAUGAUAAGAUAGAUAAAAACACCCACGAUAACAAUGCUAAAGAUAUACCUGUUUCACCUGAAAUAGAUUUCAGUGACAACUGCCCUACAAAUACAUUUCCAUCAAAUUCAAACUCCAGUACUGUUUCUGAACCGACUGUUCCUGAAGACGACAUCAAAAAUAAUUGUAAUUCAACACGGACAAGUAAAUCUGAUAAACCGAAAAACAAAUUUAAUAAGCCUCCAAUAAUUGAACCUCAUUUCAUACAGCCUUCAACAAAAUCAACCAAGCAAUCAUUAACAACAAAUAGCAAGUCGACGAAUAAAAGAAAGACAUCAGUUGAAUCUCCAGUUAAAAUUAAACGAGCUAAAAGUGUCGACGUAUUUAAUCCAUUGAAAACUGUUAAAAAUGUUACCAAAAAUAUGGCGAAAAAACGGCGUAGUCCAUUGAAACCAACUGUUGAUAAAGCAGCUGUUGAAAAAGCACAGAAUGUCCUAGAAAAUCGACGAGCGAAAUUAAAAGAACUAACCACUGCAAAGGGCAAAUGCAGCGAGAACCUUUCAGUCGACAUUCCAUGCAGCUCAAUGCAAGAAGUAAAUGACGAUCAAACAUUUGUUUGCCCAAGUACGGCCGUUAAAACAAGGAUUGCACGAAACGAUUCAACUAAAUAUUCGACUGGACCUGUCGAAAAAGAUAACAGCCGCUGCUUUAAAAUGCCUGCCAGUCGACCUCAACCAGAUAUUCGAGCACCUCUUUCCCUAGCGCGUGCGGCAUAUGACCUGCGUCGAACUAAGUCUUCAGAAGAAAUAAAGCUGGGAAGAGGAAAUUCUACCCAAAAUAUGGAGAAAACUAAUCCUAAUUCAUUUAGGCGUAGUACAGGUUUAAUAAAUACUCAAACUCAAAAACUCAAAAAUGCUUUGAAAACGAAUGCGAUACAAAACUUACCCCCUGGUACCCGAAUGAAACAACCUAAGCACGCUGCUGCGAAAGCACAGUAUUCUGCAAGUGUUAGUUCAAAUCAAGACGCUUCGAGAAGAUUGAUGUGGACCAAUGGUGGCCCUGCAAAACGAUUACCUAUCAGGCAGCUACCUAAAGUUGAUGAUAUUGCAAAGAAAAUGGUACAAUGGUUACCAAGCUGGCUUUUGGAACAAGUAGAUAUUGAUGCGAGUCCGCCCAUAAAUAAUCCACCCGCUACAAAGAUACCUCAAACAUUUCAAGACUUUGGUCAUUACUACCAGACAUUUUAUAAACUGAUAUUGUUGGAAUCCUGGCAGUAUUUGUUCAGUGGCUUUCGAGAGGCCAAAGAUCAACCGAGAAAAGUAAGAAUCGAUCAUCUGCGAGUUGCUAAUGAUGUAAUCAUUUUGGAUUGCACUUGUUAUAUCACUAAAAAUGAAUUGAAGAAAGAGCUUUUCUACAGACCAGACGAUUUCGUAUUGUUGGAAUGCGCUAUGAAAACUGAAAAUAAUUCCUACGCGUCGUUAAAUUUCGGAAUUAUACAAAACUGCAAGAAAACAACACUCACCGAAGCUUGCGAUGUUUGGAUUAAACGCGAUCUAUGUGGAGACCCUCACACUAAACUAGAAUUUACUAUGAUAACUCGGUAUCAGCCGGAUAAGGAGAUGAACGUUAAAAAAAAGCCUAUAAUUAAACUACUUUCCAACCUAAGGACAUAUUUCAUGUUAAUAAGGGCUGUUAAGGGUUUUGCUAACUCACCUUUACAUCCGAUGGUGUUAAAUCCUCAAAUAACAGACUAUAAAAUUACGACUACUCAUCAUAAUCUGAAAUAUAAAAAUGAAUUGAAUGUUGAACAAAAAUGUACAGUCUUGCAAGCCGCUAGUUUGUGCACUGGAAAUAAGCCCGGAAUUUAUUGCAUCAAAGGCCCACCUGGCACCGGAAAGUCAACCGUAAUCGCAAACUUAGUAUUUCAAAUACUAUUUUCGCAUUAUUACGGCAAAGAACAACAACGGCCAAUGAUUCUUUUAGUGGCGCCAUCAAAUACCGCGAUAGAUACUUUACUAUCAAAGAUGAUGUCUUUGAAACGAGGUGUGUCUGUAGAAAUGCAAACAAAAAUCAAAUGCGUACGAAUUGGGCCCGAAUCUAGCAUUAGUAAAGGCGUACAAGGAUAUUCUCUACCUAGAUUGGCUGAAAAACAUAUGCCCCUGAAUCAUCAGGCCAAUGCAAAUAUUUGGGCUAAUAAACAGAAACAUCAAAGCCCAUUGGAUUGCUUGAAAGAUUACUUUGGAGACCAAUAUUAUCAUGAACUGAAAAAGUGCGAAAAUAUCAUUCUUAGCAAAAGUAAUAUCAUUUGUACAACCUUAAACAGUUGUAUUAAUGGACUUCUGAUGGACGCAGUGAACAGGGGUAUUCUUCAAUUCACGUGUUGCAUAGUUGAUGAGGCUACUCAGUGUCAUGAGGUGGAAGUUCUUUUGCCUACAUUACUUGGCAUUGAUAAAUUUGUGUUAGUUGGAGAUCCACAACAACUUAGUGCUACGAUAAUGAACAGAGAUGCCUUAAAGCUGGGGUUUGGCCAAAGCUUAUUUUCGAGACUGGCAAAUAGCUUCGGAUCCGAUCCCAGGUCGCCUAUCAAAAUGCUUACAGAACAGUAUCGAAUGCAUCCCGAAAUAUGUUCUUUUCCCAAUAGCCAAUUUUAUGAGGGAAAGUUAAGAUCAGUCGCAAAUCCUUCAAAUAAAUUACCUGAAGAAAUUAAGCCUUAUUUAGUUUUUAAUUUGGAAUAUGUAAAUAAUUCCAGGGAAUACACUAACAUGGGUGAAAUAAUUGUAAUAAAAAAAAUUCUAAGUUCCAUCAUCAGCUUAGUAGGCAAGAGCUGCAAUUAUACAAUUGGAAUUAUUACGCCGUACAGAGCGCAAAAGGAUUUAAUAUGCGAUAACAUUGCAGAUCUAGAGGCAAACAAUAACUGUAAAAUAAUCACAAACACUGUAGAUAGCUUUCAAGGUUCCGAGAACGAUGUUAUUAUAAUUUCUUGUGUUCGAGAAUCGUCAAACUCAUUUUUACAAAAUGAAUGUAGAUUAAACGUGGCUUUGACCAGAGCUAAGCAGGCCUUAUACAUAGUCGGGAAUUACAUUCUAUUUAAGGAGUGUAGGCCAUUAUAUAAUCUUCGAGAAGAUGCGAAAAGACGCAACGUUCUAUUGGAUAUUAAGCAAAAUCCAAAUACUAUAACCAAUUUUGAUAGAUAUUUGAUUAAGAAACGAAACAAUAGAAAUACCGCUGUGUAAAAAUGUAUCGUUAAUUUAAGGUUCAGUUCAUACGAUUUUACCUGUUGUGUGUUCAGAGGUGUCAAUUGUUUAGAAAUGUGUAGAUCUCAGCGUAAGGGUGCAUUAUCUCAAGAUCAAACAAAAAGUGUUCCUUAUUUUAUAGAUUUUAGUAGUUGUAGCACAGCUUAUAUCAUAUAUAACCUGUGGUGGUAGUAGUACUAGUCUAGGGGCACCCGAACGGGCCCCGCUUAUAUGUCUUAAUUAAUUAGGAAAAUAGUGAUUUUGACUAAUUUUCAUCAUUGAGCUUUAACUAAUGUUUUAAAGCCAAAUGGUUUAACUUAACAGGCGGUCGGUUAUCCGAUAACUCUUAAUACGACUCAAAAAUUGUGCUUUUAAGUUCAAUACUUUGUGCCAUAAAAUGAUGCGCUGUAUAAAUUGCGGAACUAACAAAAUAUUAUAGUAUAAUGUCACUCGGCAUCAGUUUGUAACAUACUUUACGUCUGAAGCGAAUCUAUCUUGCAAAUAUUUAUUGCCUAAAUGAACUUACAGACGAUGUUCUGCACGUUUUCAAUUCUUUCUGUCCCUUCCAAUUGUUUGUGCCCGAUAGUUAUCAACAUGUGCUUAAAAAGAUAUAUGGGAGCAUUUGGCCAAAUUUCUAAUAAAAAUCGACUAUUCUCGCAAAAAAAUAAACACGAUUGUUAAGAGAAAAUGGCAUAAUUCUAAAAAUUACCACAUCUCCAGAUGCAUUUCAGGUGUAAAAUAGUCCAUGUCAUUUAUAUUAUGUAUUGCGAGGCCACAUCCAAGAACAUUUCCUCCUAUAGCGUUUUCAAGCAAUAUAUUUGUUUUAUACACGCUUAUGUAGUUUGAUCUUGGGGUGACAGUCUAGGCCGAAGGCUUGUGAUCAUACCAGUGAAUGUUAUGUUAAUGUGCUACUUAAACAUUGUGUGCUCACAUUUUGUGCUCAAUUAAUUUGUUAAGAGUCUUAAUUAAGUGAACUUUUGCUGUAAUUCAAUUAAUCAUUUUUAGACAAAAAUACUGUUAUUUCAUUUCUUACUCAAAAAUUAAGAACUAACUUCUGACUCCGUAACUGUUAAGUUAAAAAAUAUAUUUCAAGAAUUAUAUAAUAUACUUUUGAUACGCUAUUAUAAACCUGUCGUUAUUUGUAUGUAAAUUUGUUAAUUAGAAAUAGUAAACAGAUAACUGAGUUUCCACGAUUGCAA